CUCAAUCUCAAUUCCAACCAAAUCACAUUCAUCUUCCUCUCUUUCUCUCUCCUAAUUCACUACAAAAUUUCAGUACAAAAUCAUCAGAAAUUGUUAACAACCCAGAAAAAUAAAACAAAAUGGGUCUCCAAUCUCACAACCACACCCACAAAAUCUUCCUCCUAUGCAAUUACAUCCUCUUAGGAGCAGCCUCUAGCUGUAUCUUCCUCACACUCUCCCUCCGCCUCUUCCCCUCGAUCGUCGGCUUCCUCUUCAUCCUCCUCCAUGUAAUAACAAUCGGCGGGGCGGUGUCAGGUUGCGCUGCCUCUUCCGCCGGUUCACACAAGUGGUACGCCUUCCACAUGGUCGCCACCGUGCUAACCGCCAUCUUCCAGGGCUCAGUCGCGGUGUUGAUUUUUACAACCACCGGGAAUUUCUUACAAGCAAUGAAAUCUUAUGUUAGAGAAGAGGAUGCGGGUGUUAUACUGAAAUUGGCUGGUGGGCUUUGUAUUUUGAUGUUUUGUUUAGAGUGGGUUGUUAUGAGUUUGGCCUUUGUGUUGAGGUAUCAUGCCUUUGUUGAUGGAAGCAGCCGCGGCGGCAAUGGGAAUGCGAAUGCGAAUGCGAAUGGGAGUGGGAAAGAGGACGAUUUGAAGAACUGGCCAUGGCCAUUCCAAGUUUGAAUCGAAGAGGGAAUUUGAUUCAAAAUGUUUAAUCUUUUGAGAUUUUGGUGGUUCAAUUAUUGUGUUUGUUCUUUUUGUUGUUUGUCAUGUUUACAUGUUACAUAUAGUAGUAAUGUAAUAUGAUUAUAUUAAACUAUUUGUUCAUUCUUUUGUUAAUCCUUGUUUGGAUUAUUAUUAUUAAUGAAAUGAAAUUCCAUCGUUCUACAAA